GAAUGAUAUCCACCGGGUCUCUCUGCCAGAUACAGUACUUCUAUGUAGACUAUCGGCUCCUAGAACCCUGCAUCAUUUGCAUCUUACUUUGAGCUAAACAGACAUCUCCCACUCUUAUUCUCAAAUCGGACAACAAUCCAUCUUCGAAAUCGAAACCCAGCUCACCCCUCCUCUUCCCUCCCUACCUUGAACUGCUACACUUUAGAUUCCAGCAGCACGGUCUCAUCCAACCCAACCGUCGCACAGCAUCUCCCUCCUCUACCCCACAUAUACUUCACGCGAACAAUGCCCACUCCACCCCCCAAGCCCCUUCCUAUAAUCCACAUCAACGGCUUCCCCGGCACCGGCAAACUAACCAUCGCGCAACACCUCGUCGCGCACUAUCCCCCUCCCUUAUCCAUCACCACCACCGCCUCAGAUCCACCCCCAGCAAAACUGAAACUCAUCCACAACCACCUCCUCAUCGACCCCGCCGACGCCGUCCUCCACCGCACCCAACCCGGCUACCAAGCCCUGCGCCACGCCCUGCGCGCCGCCAUCUUCACAACCCUGACACACGAGCCCGCCACCCACGCCACCGCCUACAUCUUCACGGACUUCCAGACGACCAACGCGCAAGGGGCCCAGGUGUGCGCCGAGUACGCGCAGGCCGCGGACGACCGCGGCUGCGCCCUGAUCACCGUCGUGCUGACCUGCGCCGCGGACGAGAACCUGCGCCGCAUGAUGCACGCGGACCGCGGGGUGCAUGCCAAGUUGCAGGACGUUCGGCUGCUCGAGGCAUUUCGGCGCGGGGCCCCGGUGUUCCGGUUUAGUGAUAGGAAGGAGUUUUUGGAGGUCGAUGUGACCGGGUUUGAGGUGGCGGAGGUGGCGGCCAGGAUUUGGGAGCAUGUGAGUGGGGUUUGUCCUGAGCUGCUGGGAGGGUAG